AUGCAGUCCAUAUUACCCACAAGGAAGUCACUUAAGGAUGCAGACAACUCUUACAGACACUGCUUUAACAGGUCCUUCUACGUUCUGGCUACUGCAGAAUUCCUUUUGGUGAAAGAAAACAUUAACAUGGGGAAGACCAAUCAAUCUUCUGUGACAGAAUUUGUCCUAUUGGGGCUUUCUGGCUACCCAAAGCUUGAGGCCAUUUACUUUGUUUUGAUCCUGUGUAUGUACCUGGUGAUCCUACUGGGAAAUGGAGUCAUCAUAAUCGUAAGUGUCUAUGACUCCCACCUGCACACCCCCAUGUACUUUUUCCUCAGUAACUUAUCAUUCUUGGACAUUUGCUACACCAGUUCUUCUAUUCCCCUAUUUCUCAGCAGCUUAACUUCAAAGAAAACCAUUUCCUUCUCUGGAUGUGGAGUGCAAAUGUUUCUCUCCUUAGCUCUGGGAACCACAGAGUGUGUCCUUCUCAGCAUGAUGGCAUUUGACCGCUAUGUGGCUAUAUGCUUCCCUCUGAGAUACCCCAUCAUUAUGAGCAAGACUUCCUAUGUACCCAUGGUUGCUGGGUGCUGGAUUGCAGGGGGUGUCAAUUCUGUGUUGCAAACCUCCUUUGCCAUGCAGCUUCCUUUCUGUGGGAAUAAUGUCAUUAAUCAUUUUACUUGUGAAAUCUUAGCUGUCUUAAAAUUGGCCUGUGCUGAUAUCUCUAUAAACGUUAUUUGCAUGGCUGUUGCUUAUAUGAUUUUUCUUGUUGUCCCAGUACUUUUCAUUUUUGUUUCUUAUGUUUUGAUUAUGUCCACCAUCCUGAGAAUUCCUUCUGCAGAGGGAAGGCGCAAAGCCUUCUCCACCUGCUCUGCCCACCUAACAGUGGUGAUUAUAUUCUAUGGAACCGUCUUCUUCAUGUAUGCAAAACCCAAGGCUAAAGACUCUUCCAGUGCAGACAAAGGAUACAUCACAGACAAAAUCAUCUCUCUCUUCUAUGGAGUUGUGACACCCAUGCUCAAUCCUCUCAUCUAUAGUUUGAGGAACAGAGAUGUGAAGGCAGCUGUGAAGAAUAUGUGUCAGAAAUGCUCCUCACAGGGAACGUGA